CCCCUGUCCUCCUCUCUUAGAUCCAGGAGAUGGUCCACUCGGAGGUGGCUGCCUACGACUCAGGUCGGCCCGGGGCCCUGCUGGGCCGCCCGGCAAUGCUGGCCAGCCACAUGAGUGCCCUCAGCCAGUCCCAGCUCAUCUCGCAGAUGGGCAUCCGGAGCGGCAUCACCCACAGCUCCCCAUCACCCCCAGGGAGCAAGUCAGCGACCCCCUCUCCCUCCAGCUCCACUCAGGAGGAGGAGUCAGAGGCGCAUUUCAAGAUCUCGGGAGAAAAGAGACCUUCAGCUGACCCAGGAAAAAAGGCCAAGAACCCAAAGAAGAAGAAAAAGAAGGACCCCAAUGAGCCGCAGAAGCCCGUGUCGGCCUACGCACUCUUCUUCAGAGACACUCAGGCUGCCAUCAAGGGACAGAACCCCAGUGCCACUUUCGGUGAUGUGUCCAAAAUCGUGGCCUCUAUGUGGGACAGCCUGGGAGAGGAGCAGAAGCAGGCCUACAAGAGAAAGACGGAAGCAGCAAAGAAGGAAUAUCUGAAGGCUCUGGCAGCCUACCGGGCUAGCCUCGUCUCCAAGAGCUCCCCGGACCAAAGUGAGACCAAGAGCAGUCAGCCAAACCCACCAGCCAAAAUGCUGCCACCCAAGCAACCCAUGUAUGCCAUGCCAGGCCUGGCCUCCUUCCUUACACCAUCAGACCUGCAGGCCUUCCGCAGCGGGGCCUCCCCGGCCAGCCUCGCCCGGACCCUGGGCUCCAAGUCUCUGCUGCCAGGCCUCAGUGCAUCCCCACCGCCACCACCCUCCUUCCCGCUCAGCCCCCCACUGCACCAGCAGCUGUCACUGCCCCCUCACGCCCAGGGCGCCCUCCUCAGUCCACCUGUUAGCAUGUCCCCAGCCCCCCAGCCCCCUGUCCUGCCCACCCCCAUGGCACUCCAGGUGCAGCUGGCGAUGAGCCCCUCACCUCCCGGGCCACAGGACUUCCCACACCUCUCUGAGUUCCCCAGCAGCUCGGGCUCCUGCUCCCCCGGCCCAUCCAACCCCACCAGCAGCGGGGACUGGGACAGCAGCUACCCCAGCGGGGAGUGCGGCAUCAGCACCUGCAGCCUGCUGCCCAGAGACAAAUCGCUCUACCUCACCUAAUCCCGCCUUCCCCUCAUCCCCGAGGCUCGCUGGAAGGCACUGCUCGGAGCCUGAAGGGCUGACAGCAGAAACGAGGCCCUGGCCAGAGGCAGGGUGGCCCAUCGGAGAGAUCCCAUUGCCCAGGGGCUGAGUCUCUUCCUCGACCUCCCACCAGACUCUGCAGAGACAGCCCCACUGCCCGCCGCCAGCCCAAAGAACCUGCAGGAACCUUCUGCCUGCUGACCUGCUUGCUCCAGGGUAACCGUGGACCCUGUCCUCGCCCUGCGCACGGUACCCUAUGUCUGGAUGCCUGGCCCCAGCUCCAGCUCACGGGGACUGCCCCUGGCGGAGUCGCUUACCAACGGACACCCUCCCCCGAUGCUUGGGCCGGGGGGCGGCCCCCAUCAUAGACGUGCACAUCGGCUUUCCAGUGUGAACAAAUGACGAAACCUGUGAACUCUUGGUUCCGUGUAAGUAGUUGACUACGUGUUUUAGAACUGUGCUGAAGACAUCUGUAAGAUUAUCUUGUGGGGGGGGAAAAAGUAGUUUCCUUUAAGGUAAAAAGCAUUUUAUAUGGCCCUUAGCACAUUUUUAAGUUUCAUCUUAAGGGAGACGUGCACAAAAGCGGCCGCCAACCUGUGUGGCCAUCCUCAGCAAGGACCGGAUGAUCGCGAGCCCCCACCCCCGCACUGCUCUCCUUUCAAACAUGUAUUCAUGUAUUUUAAAUUGCCAGCGACGACUUGUCUAUUUAUGAAGAAACCCUGAGAACAGAAUUGCAGCUUCUCCUACCGUGUGCGUGGUUUUGGGGUUUGGUUUGGGUUCUUGACGUUGUUUGCAGCUGUUUUCUGGCCCUGGCGAGUGUCUGUCUUGGUGCCCAGUGCUUCUCUCAAAUCUCUUUAUAAUAAAACUUCUGAAAAGCUGAAAA